CAAACUACCACCCAAACCAGAUGGUGGAGACGAAGACCACAUGAUAGGCAAGAAACUGGUUGGUGGAGAGGAAGAUGAUGAGAAAGGCAAAAAACCGGAUGGUGGUGACAAAGGGAAAUGAAUACUAAAAUGGGUCAGGAGAGGCCAAAUAACCAGUACAAAGAAUAAAGUUUGCUCAUGUGCUCCUACAUGGCUUUUCAAUCUAUCUUUUAAAAAGCUAACUUUCUGGUUUAUCGAGUAUCAAAACAUAGCAAGUAUUUUCAUGUUUACUUUGUGCGAUGCAGUAAGUUCAUGGACUGCUCAAGGAGGGUGUAAAUAUCUUUACGAAGCUGUCACCUUGGUCAUCUGCCUUGUUUGAGUUUUUGCCUCCAUUCAUUAAGAAACACGUGCUAAUUCUAUGGCAAGGGAAUUUUCUUUAUUUUCCUGACAUGUGAACGAGUAUGAAUGCUUAUGACAUUGUCGUCUCUCUUGCUGCUGCAGCUAGCUACUUUUGCAUCCCGAGUCUGAUGAUUCUGCUCAGCUAUCCCAGGUAAGAAGAAUGAAAAUGAUGGGUAAUUGACACUAAUGAUAACUAGUUGAUAACGUAAUGCAGGUUCUUGGAUAUAUAUGUUACCACAUCCUAGCAGCUGGUUUGAACGGUUACAUGGCAACUGUGACUAACCUGAAGAGUCCUGUAAACAAAUGGAAAUGUGGUGCUGCACCUAUUACAGCAAUGAUGACAGUUAAGCGUUGGUCCCAAAAUUCUGGUUCAACGUCAAUUGGUAGGCCUGUGAUUCAUCCAGCUACGGUGGACUUGAAAGAGAAAGCAUACGAGCUAUUGAGAGACAAAACGCGCAGAGAUUCUUGAUGGAAGAUAUGUACAUAAACCCAGGACCGGUUCAGUAUGAUGGGCCAGGUGCAGAUGCAAAGGCUGUAAGUCUGUGUGUAGAAGACCAGGAUUACAUGGGGAGAAUUUAGAAGCUGCAGGAUUAUCUCGAUCAGGUACCCCAUUUUUCCAUCCUUUUUUAUUUUUUUGCUUUUAUAGGCAAGGACAGUGUUGAGUGUUGUGUUAUGGCAGAGAGCAGUGAAAUAGAACGUAAAGCAGGCAUAAAAUGCACCAGUAAUAUA